AUGGCGCCUUCAUUAUUCAAUCUUAAGGAGUUGCGCCGGCGAUCAACGAAGGCGAGCGUCAAGACCAAACGGUCGACAGAUACUUCAAGCGAGGCUAGCAAUACCACAACUCCAACCAGCGGCUCCUUGACUCCCCCAUCGAUAAACCAACAAUCAGAUCCAGCCUUGGAUUUGCAACUAAAAUCCCAACCGCAACCCGCUCCAGCUGCUGCUGCUCCUCCAACGCGGCCGCAGCCUCAUCCCUAUCCAAAUGGAGCCAGCAAUCGAUAUAGCGUUUCCGGCAUGGCUGGAUUGGGAUCCCCCGUGCCAGCCGGGAAAGGGCCGGCUCUGCCCGUCUCUCAAUACUCACCUCGCAUAACCAAUGUGCCGGAUAGCUCAUGGGUUCUCCUCGUUUAUGGCACAAUCGGUGACUUUUCUCAUCGCGCUCUUGAUGGCACUCUUACUGUGAGCCGGCUUGACGACAGCUUUCCCCCGACAUCUUGGCCAGUGUGCAGCUCUCGCUUCAAGGCUCUGGUGUAUCUAAUGCCUGGUGCCAACCGCCUGCGGUUUGACUUCUCAAGCCCGAAGCUUGCCAACAGCGGCUCUUCCAACCCUAUCCACGCCUCUUAUCUAACAGUUCACAUGAUCCCGCCCAUCGGCACCCCCCCGCUGCAGCUGGCGAUUCUGCUCGCCAAGGACUCGCCGGGAACCUUCGACGCGGUUCCUGCUCGGAUCGAGAGGGAGGGUAAUGGCCUGGAUAUCGCAGUCCGUAAGUUCCGCAUGGCUGCGUAUCUGUGGCAGGCCUUCACUGCGGAGCAAAUGUGGCGCAACAAGCUCGGGCGCCGCGUCUUUAGGUUCGAGGAGGAAUGGACCACGGGCACGGCGAACCAGAGAGACAGGGAACACGGCACCCUCCGCUCGGAAGCACGCGUGCACGUAAUCCGCAUCGACAAAACGGUGGCCGAGCUCAGGGACUUGAACAUGGCGCAGCAGAAUAAGAAUGCAACGGACGGUGGGGCGCUCCACGGCAUUGCCGCAGAUGCCGUUCGCAACUACUUCAAGCCGCUUCCGGGACAGAAACUGUACGUGUCGGCCCUGCUUCUCGACUCGCACUGGGACACCAACUCCAAGACAAUCCUCGGCCAUGCCGCCUUAGGCGGACGGGCCGGGGAUUUGCACCUUGGAAUCUUCGGGUCUCACUGUCUCCAGAGCUACCCGGCGAGCUUCGAAGAGAUAGUCCCGGCCUUCACCGACUGCACACCGACCGACACCAACUACGUAGCCAACGACUGCAACGACGCCGGGAGCUCAUGGGAGGCGGCCAACAUUGGCAUCGGCGCUCACCUGCACGAAACAGGACAUCUCUUUGGCUUGCCCCACCAAGAGAGCGGUGUCAUGGCACGAGACUAUGUCACGCUAAACCGAACGUUUCUCAUCCGCGAAGCCUAUUCAACUCGGACGCGGUCCAAAGGAGGCUUGGUUUCGCAAGACGACGAGUGCACUUGGCAUCGCCUCGACUGCCUGCGUUUCCGCAGCCACCCUUGCUUCCGCCUGCCCAACGAUCCCGUGCUGAACCCCGACGACAGCGUCCAGGCGUGGCCGAUGGAGGGUGGGAAUCUGACCUUGACGGCUGCUACGGGCGUGGCGUAUGUUGAGAUCUUCGGCGAGGACGACGACCUGUGUCACGCCUGGAGCGAGUACAACCCGGCCGAAAACGGUGGAGUCCAGCGCCUCGUCGCACUGAGCGAGCAGGAUUUGAGGAGCCGCCUGCCCGAGGGCAAACGCAAGGGCAAGCUGAGAAUAUCGGUCAAGUCCCAUGGGGGCGGCACUCUCGACAUCGACGACUUUGCCAAGCUCUGCUCCAAGGAAACAGCCUGCCUGAAGCUCCCCAGCGCGGUGCCCGGGCUGCCCAAGACGGCGUUCCGCGGGAAGAAGCUCGGCCUGUCCCAGAUGCAGGGCAGCGCACCCCAGGAGCUGGUGUUCACCAGCGCACUCCGCCAUGACCGCGUCCUAUCACGCAUCAUCUUCUACCACGGUGCCGCUGUGGACGGCAUGGAGUUUGUCUAUGACGACGACUCGAGGCAGUUGUUUGGCAAACGUGGCGGGAAAGAAGGAGGGGAUGUCUUUGAUAUGGAUAUCCGCCGCGGCGAGUACAUAACCGGCUUCUUUGUCCGGUCGGGCUUCUGGAUUGACGCCAUCCAGGUCUUGACCAGCCUGGGCAGGAGAUCCCCGCUGUUUGGGAAUGCCCAUGGCGGCGAUGCGUAUGUUCUUCUCAGUUUCACCGUUUUACACCGUUUCCACGCGCACAUUCUCCCGCUUCCCCCGUUUUUUGCCCCUUCCCACUUUCGAAUACGACAAGACCUGUGUUUGUUUGCUGACUUGUGUCUCGCUGUGUAG